UAACCCUACAUCACAAACUGGUGACUUGUUUCUGUCUAGCAGCUUGGCGGUGGAUAGCGUCGCGGAACGUCAUGACAGAAGUAAUCACUCGUAUCCACGCUCGGGAGAUCUUCGACAGUCGCGGCAAUCCGACCGUCGAAGUCGACAUAACUACCUCUAAGGGAGUUUUUCGGGCUGCUGUCCCGUCUGGUGCGUCUACUGGCAUCUAUGAAGCUCUAGAGCUGAGAGACAAGGACCCAAAGCGUUUUCUGGGGAAAGGUGUGUGUAAGGCGAUUGGAAAUGUGAAUGAUGUGAUUGGACCAGCUCUCAUUGGGAAGAAAUUGGCUGUGACUCAGCAAGAAGAGAUCGAUCGUUUCAUGAUCGAACUUGAUGGAACAGAAAAUAAAUCUAAACUUGGUGCUAAUGCCAUUCUUGGAGUCUCACUUGCUGUGGCCAAAGCUGGUGCAGCUCACAAGGGUAUUCCUCUGUAUCGUCACCUAGCAAGCUUGGCCGGGAACUCUCGCGUUAUUCUUCCCGUUCCCGCAUUCAAUGUUAUCAAUGGUGGUAGCCAUGCAGGUAACAAGCUAGCCAUGCAAGAAUUCAUGAUACUGCCAAUAGGUGCAUCGUCGUUCAGUGAAGCGAUGCGUAUUGGAGCUGAAGUGUAUCAUAACCUGAAAGCAGUGAUCAAGAAGAAAUACGGGCAAGAUGCUACCAACGUUGGAGAUGAAGGCGGAUUUGCUCCAAACAUUCAAGAAAACAAAGAAGGUUUGGAGCUCUUGAAGGUUGCCAUUGCUCAAGCUGGAUAUACCGACAAAGUGGUUAUUGGUAUGGACGUGGCCGCAUCUGAAUUUUACAAAGACGGGAAGUAUGAUCUGGACUUCAAGAACAAGGAUUCUGACCCAUCCAAAUGGCUAACAGCUGACCAGUUACAAGCUGUUUAUGUUGACUUUGUCAAGAACUAUCCGGUUGUUUCAAUAGAAGAUCCGUAUGAUCAGGAUGACUGGCCAGCUUGGAAGGCACUGACUGCUGCUGUCAAUGUCCAGAUUGUUGCUGAUGACUUGACAGUCACAAACCCAAAAAGGAUUCAGACAGGCAUAUCGGACAAAUCCGCCAACUGUCUUCUUCUCAAAGUGAACCAGAUAGGAUCAGUAACCGAGUCGAUUGAAGCUUGUAAACUUGCUCAAGCUAAUGGAUGGGGAGUGAUGGUGAGUCAUCGUAGUGGCGAGACAGAAGACACAUUUAUUGCAGACUUAGUGGUUGGUCUGUGCACAGGGCAGAUAAAAACUGGAGCUCCUUGUCGCUCUGAGCGCCUUGCUAAGUACAACCAGAUUCUCAGGAUAGAAGAAGAGCUGGGAGACCAAGCAGUGUUUGCAGGUCGAAAUUUCAGACAUCCUCUGAAGUAAAUGUGAGACUUUGUAACAAUGAGACACAAAGCUCAACUGUGACUAGGUCAACUAUUGUGUUAUGUUAAUGUGUCGGUCAACUUAGAUUUGUGUCCGAAGUUAUUGUAAUCCAAGAUAUCAGCUAGUGCAGACAUUAAUUUUGCGUUGAAUGUGCAGGGUACAGUAAUAGGCAUGUCAAACUUUGGUGUGCACUGAUGAUUGUGUGCACAUAAUCAG